AGUGAUCGCUUCAACGAGUUUACGCGUACGCGGCAAAUUUUACAACCAAAACAAAAUAGUGCAUAAAUACUACCAAAAAUAAGUGUACAUAGAAAAAUAUAUCCGUAGGUGCAAAGGACACUGAACACCUCGGCAGUCGACCAUAGCAUGAAGUGGUGGAACUGCGCCAAAUCGAAUUGAAAGUGCAAAAGGUGGUCGCAUAUAUACACAUGUACAACAACAAAAGCAGCAAUAAGGAGAAGAAGAACCAUAGGCGUUAAAGGAAUAUAAAUACUUGAAAUAUAAAAGUGAAGGAGCAGGCAGAAAAUUAAUUGCAACCAAAACAAAAACCAAAAGUGCAAACCAGCAAAACAAAAGUAAACAAAACGUACACAAACAAUUUUAUUGUGCAAAAAGUGAAUGAGUAUUGUGUGGGUGAAGCAUUUAAGGCUCGUGCACAGCUGCAGCAUUCGAGUUGCAAGCGACAGAAAAAGGAGUGUUCGCGCCGCAAGUGUGCCAAAGCGAGCGAAAAAAGGCGAAAAAGGUGAAAAAGGCAAUGACAAAAAAAAUUCAGUUAACAAGAUACGAAACAGCAACCAUAAAUAAAUAUCAAGCAAAAAAUAUCCAAAAACAAAUAAAGAAAAGCUUAAAGUGUGUUUGUGUGUAGCGUUCGUGCUACAAAUUAGUCAGCACAAAAAAUGCAUAGCAGCAGCAGCAGCAACAACAACAGUCAUAACAACAACAACAACGGCGCCUACAAAAGCGAGUACAACAGCUGGCAUAGCAAUGGCAAUGCGAUGACCGCGGCGCUGUUGCAACAGCACCAGCAACAGCAACAGCAGCACGUGCACCAAUUGUUGCAACAACAACAAAUGCAACAGCAACAGCAACAACUACAGCAACACCAACAGCAGGCGCGCAUUAGCAACUGGAUUUGUGAUACGAAUCGCACACAUCACUCGCUUGUGCAUAACAACAACAUCAACAAUAUCAGCAAUAGUAGCAACAACAUUUGUGGUCAACAACAACAACAACAGCAACUACACGCUACAUAUAUGCAGCACCAACAGCCAUAUGCAAAUUAUCCCCAACCUGUGUCCACCCCUCAUCACCAGCAGCCACAUCAGCAACAACAGCGACAAAAUCAGCAACAACACCAAUCUACAUGCGCCGCUGCUGUGACAACCACUUCAACCAACAAUUGCUACUACGCACCGCGCAUGCAACAACAACUGCUUAAUCAGCAGCAAUUGUCGCCACAAACUCAACACCAACACCAACAGCAACAGCAACAACAGCGUUCGCCACAGCAGCAGGUGCCAACACCAAUGCGUUCGCCAUACCAAGCUGUUGCUGCUAGUCCGCAACCUCAUCCACAUUCCCCUUCGCCCGUGCCGUCGCACACGGCCACACGCACACUUCAGCAACAAUUAGCGGCUGCAGCAGUGGCGGCGGCUGCGGCCCGUAAUGUAACGCAACAACACCACCAGGCGACCCAGCAUCAGCACCAUCAGCAGCAACACCAUCAACAACGGGUAAGUGUCCGAGGGGCAAUGCCACACAUUGUUUAA